GCUGCUUGCAGGAUUGGGGUUUUGUUUACGCAGUCUUGAUCCAGAAACGUUUUUGAAGCAUUGUAGGUGUAUUAUAAAUGUCAAGAUUGCUGUAAUUAUUGUCAUCAUCGUCCUGGACUGACAGGAAGGACCCUGAGAUUAUUUUGCUGAUAUUUUUAAUAUUCAGACUUAAAACGAAGGGGAAAAAAAUGAAAGGUGUAUCUACUGAUAACAAUGUUUAAAUACUCAGCUGCUGUCUCAUGGUUAUAUUUCACCUGCUGCCCUUUGGUUAAACCAUAUCUUGGUGAGGGGGAAAAAGUGGGCUGUUAAAAGAUAAAUGUGUGUGGGGUUUUUUAAUUGGCCUUCUCUUUUAUUUCCUUACAGGUGAGUAAGAUUCUUGACCAAAGACUAACAGUAGAAUAUGUAUUGUUUAAAAACUGUAUUGGGGUAGAGAGUUGGGAUUCUCCUAUUCUGAAGUCAUAUAUGACAGUUAUUGAGGAGACAAGAGCCGUGCUGGCCUGGAGAUGGAAAAUAAGGCAGAGGUGUUAACUUCAAAAAUAAACAAAACACUUUUUGUUUCAACAGAUUGACAGCUCCAUUUUCUUUGCUUUUAGUUUUUCAUGUAAAUUUUGGCAUUUUCUGCUUAAACUGAAGGGAAAGAAGAUGAGAGCAAUAGUUGCAGACAAACAGCUUGAAAGGGCUGAAUAGAGGAGCCAAUCAGAAUAGAGAGAUUUGCAUAUUGAUGAAAGGUGACAGGGUUUUUACUAAUGGUACCAUCUCUGGUGGCUAUGCAGAUUAUACAGUUGCUGCAGCUGACACAGUCUUCCCCUUGUCAGAUAAAUUAGACUUCAAGCAAGGUGCUGCCAUUGGAAUCCCAUAUUUCACUGCUUACCGUGCACUCUUCCAAAAAGGGCAUGCUAAACCAGGGGAAACUGUGCUAGUCCAUGGGGCAAGUGGAGGAGUUGGAAUAGCAGCAUGCCAGAUUGCCAGAGCUUAUGGUUUAAAGGUUUUAGGCACAGCUGGAACUGAAGAAGGAAUGAACAUAGUUUUGAGAAAUGGAGCCCACAAAAUGUUUAAUCACAGAGAAGCUGAUUACGUUGAUAAGAUUAAGGAAUUCAGUGAUGUGCGGGGAGUUGAUGUGAUAAUAGAAAUGCUAGCUAAUGUUAAUCUCGCCACUGACUUACAACUACUGUCACCUGGAGGAAGGGUGAUGAUCGUGGGGAGUAGAGGUCCAAUUGAAAUAAACCCCAGGGACACUAUGAUGAAAGAAUCCAGCAUAAUAGGGGUUAGUCUAUUUUGUGCAACUAAGAAGUUGAUGCAUGAAUGUGAAACCGCGCUUCUUGCUGGUAUAGAAGCUGGCUGGCUUAAACCUGUAGUUGGCCCUGAAUAUCCAUUGGAAAAAGUUGCUAAGGCUCAUGAACACCUCAUUAACAGCAGUGGUGCUUUGGGAAAGAUGGUACUCCUUAUAUGAUAAGUCAUGUAAUAAAGUUUCUUUCCACUUAUAUUGUGGCUGUUCUAAUUACACCCUUGCUUAUAUGGUUCAUUUAGUAUGUUUUACAAAACAUAGAGUUGAUCACAGAUAUUCUAUAGUAAUAGCAAGUCUAAAUUAGACAGGGAGGAUGCCUUAAAUGAAAAUGCUUUAUUAUGUAAUGAAAAGCAGAGAGUCAGAUUUAAGCUUCUAAGUACUCUUUCCCCUCCUUCCCCCCCACCCCAACCCCCCCAUUUGGCUGACCUGGAAAUUGCAUCUUUUUCCUUUCUGCAUUGGUCUUGUCACUGAUAUCUGUUCUGUCCUAUCCAGGUUGGAAUAUUGUACAAUGCUGUACUUAUUGCUUCCCUUGAAUACUACAGGGAAGCUUUAGCUAGUGCAGAAUGUGGCUUUCAGCCUGUCUUUUAAAGUGGAGCGACAUAUAUGUGUAAGUAGGGCUCUGUGUGUUCUGUAGCCACAAAAUAUGUUGCUAUUCACCAUCUGCCACAGAAGUGUGCUUUAGAAUUCAAACUUUGGUUUUAAAAUCAUUAACUUUCUGGCCCUUAUGGUUGCUAAGAGCCUCCCUGAUGUGAAUUGAAUGUAAACAGGUGCAGCGUUGUGUUCCUGAAUCUGCCUCAAACAAUAUCCUGAGAGGUGUAAUUGCCCAAAUUAUCCCAAUGGGAGGAUGACUCUGAAGCCCAGUGUCAUCAUUCAUUAUUUUACUACUGAUCUCAUUUUAGCAGAAAUAGCCAGAUAAUGUGCUGAUUCCUUGCUAUUGAAAGGGAGGGCAAUGAGGAGUUCAAUCCCCUCCCUCUUUCUUUUGAAUUUAAAGUCAGUUCCCUCAUAAUGGGAAGGAAAGAGGACCCGCCUCCCUCCUGGGUGCCAAGAAUUCAAACUGUCUUUUGCUAAUCAUCAGUCCCCUUCAUGAAUACAAAAAUAUGCAGCAUAUUGAAAAUGUGACCACUCUGUAAAACAAAUGAAUGUUCUAUGAAAUGAGGACCUCUGUACUGAUUGUAUUACUCUUCAUAUCUAAUACAAUAGAAAUCUCAAUUUUUCAAUUUGUUAAUCUGCAGCAGAAAUUUGCGUUUGCCAUACCAGAAUGCUAUAGAAACUAGGGGAUCUUGCAGCAGAAUCCAGGUCUAGCUUGCCUUCAUUUUGUAGUCCUAUUUGAAGGUCAUUUCAUGAAUGAAUUUAAUUUCUCUACCUUGUGGCCCAGGACAAGUACUAAUAAUCAAAUAUGGCUAUUUUGGUUUAACUGCUAGACAGUGUUCUUGGUUGGCAAUAUCAAUAAACAGUAAACAAACUGUUA